CGGCGGCGGCGGCGGCGGCGGCGGCGGCGGGAGGCGGAGACUCGGCGGGGACGCGGCUGGGGGGCGGCGGCGGGGCGGCCGGAGGCGGAGGCGGAGGCGCGGGGGAGCCGCCGCCAGGCCGCGCGGAGAUUUGUAGGACUCCUGGGCCUUAAAGCUGUGAUUAAUCAGAUGGUUCCUGAAAUGACUGGCGAAACAGACACUUUGCAUGCCAGUUGAAGAGUGUAUCUCUGUGUUCUUCAAACUUCUUUAAUAGAAACACAUUUACACAUUUCUGAGCAUACUUGGAGAGGUUUACAACUGAUGAAAAUUAAUUUAAAAAUCAGAUGGAGCAGCUUGACACCACUGGGCUCAGGAGCCCUGGAAGGAAAAUGCAUCACUAAUGGCCAAUUCUCCAUAUGGUCUUCACGGGUAAAGAAAGUUUGCAAAAAGAAGAAAAAAAAAUCACAUAGAUCAAGCCUCAAAAGUACCUUUCCAGUUUAAAGAAGGAACCUAGAAGGUGUCAGAGGAAGAAGUGUGAUUUCGAGCACUGCUGCUGGGGAAUCAUGCAGUGUUUUGCACUUUAUUUUUCAGUGGGAUCAGUGAUUUGAAUAGAUUACAAGUUUCUCCUGAAAAGGAACUCUUACUCUGUGGUUAAGACUGGGGAAAAGCAGGUGUGAUGGGUAUUGUUUGAACAAUGAACUGAUUCCUUUACCUUUUUUAGUUAACUAUUCAAGAACUUUUAAUUUAUUAUUUUUUUUUUCUGUAACUCUAGGCUAAUAUCUUAAGGUGGUAAUUGGAAAAGAUAAUUUACAAAAUACAGAUACAGGAGAAGCCAAGCAAAGCAGCUUUUCCUUGGGCCUUAGGUGUGACAAUUGGAAAGUCUCUGAAUGUGAAAAAGAAAGCACCUGGGAGCCAGACAUGCUAAUUCUUUACUGACUGCUGGGAAGAAUUCAACUCUUGCCUCUGGUGUUUUCACUUUAAAGGAUUCUCUUCUUUGUUGGGUCCAAGAAGACUUACUGUGUAAGAGAAUUACUUAAUGAACUUAACUGAGGUUAAUUUUUUCCUUCAAGAUGGAAAAAACAGGUGAUUAUUAGGAACAGGAAAGGAAAGAGUGACUAGGGAGAAAGAAGACAAAUAGAAUUCUACAGUGUGACUUCAUUUGCCAGAAGAGGAUCUAGGAUUCACUCAAGGCAAACACUUCGACCACUUUCAGAGCUUUAGGACAUCCUGGCGUUGUGUAGUGAAAGGGCUUUCUCUCUGCCUCUAUGGCAUUGAGGGGUGCAAGAGCCUGUGGAGGGGCAGUCAGAUGGGGCCUGGUUCUCCCUGGGGACAAAGUGACCUGCUGGGAAACCAGGUCGGGCUCUGAUGGGGGAAGUUUCUGGUUUUGAAGAGUGGGGACCAUCUUUUUAAAAUUAUUAUUUUUCUUCUAAAAUUUGACUGCUGUUUGCACAAACUCUGGUCUCUUUUGCACAGUUUGUGUGCCUUUUUUCCCUUUAUGCAAUCUUUCUCAGCUUUAGUGUAGAGAUUUGUCUAGUUGAGAAAACAUGCCAGAGGUAGCUUCAAAGGGAGGAUGUUCCUGUGUAUUCUGUCUUCGCAUCUGAACUUUUGAAGAGAAAUGUCCAGCUUGAGGGAGUCUUAAAGCCUUAAGUUACUUGAAAUCUAUGUAUUUGCAACUAUUUGUCUCUGGAAUCAUAUCAACUAAACUGGAAUCUCAGGCUGAAUGAGAAUAACCAAGUUAAAUAAAAAGAAGAAAACUCCUGUGUUGUGAUGGCCACUUAUUAACAGUUCUCUUUCUCAAAGGGUCAGCCCGUUCUUCCUCUAAGGACUUGAAAAUAAAAAUGGACCCCAUGUGUUUUUUUAAAGCAGUACCUUUUCUUAGCAGCCUGCCAUCAUCUUUUAUAGAGGAAUUUUUUCACUAUGCAUUUGGUGGAUCUUUAUAAAAUACUGACCUCCUAAUUAAAGUUAGGUCAGUCUUAAGUAGAGGGAAUUGGGGGGGGUGGGGGGGAAGAACACAAGCCGAAGGCAAAAAUAAGAUCGGUCAAUGAAAGAAAUUGGUUUCAACUUUCCAAAAUUCAACAUUACCUUUUAAGUCAAACAGUUCAUUGGGGAAAAGUAUGUUUGCAGCGGUGGAGCAUGGCCCGGUGCUUUGCAGUGACUCCAACAUCCUCUGCCUGUCCUGGAAGGGGCGCGUUCCCAAGAGUGAGAAGGAGAAGCCGGUAUGCCGCAGGCGCUACUAUGAGGAGGGCUGGCUGGCCACAGGCAAUGGUCGAGGGGUCGUGGGAGUGACUUUCACCUCCAGCCACUGCCGUCGGGACAGGAACACACCCCAGAGAAUAAACUUCAACCUGCGGGGCCAUAACAGUGAGGUAGUGCUGGUGAGGUGGAACGAGCCGUACCAGAAGCUGGCCACGUGCGAUGCAGACGGAGGCAUAUUUGUGUGGAUUCAGUACGAAGGAAGGUGGUCUGUAGAGCUGGUCAACGAUCGAGGGGCCCAGGUGAGUGAUUUCACUUGGAGCCACGAUGGGACUCAAGCACUUAUUUCCUAUCGAGAUGGGUUUGUCCUGGUUGGUUCUGUUAGUGGACAAAGACACUGGUCAUCUGAGAUCAACUUGGAAAGUCAAAUCACAUGUGGCAUCUGGACGCCUGAUGACCAGCAGGUGCUGUUCGGCACGGCGGACGGCCAGGUGAUCGUCAUGGACUGCCACGGCAGGAUGCUGGCCCACGUGCUGCUGCAUGAGUCCGACGGCAUCCUCAGCAUGUCCUGGAACUACCCCGCCUUCCUGGUGGAGGACAGCAGCGAGAGCGACACUGACUCUGACGACUACUCACCCCCACAAGAUGGUCCGGCAGCAUAUCCCAUCCCGGUGCAGAACAUCAAGCCACUGCUCACCGUCAGCUUCACCUCAGGAGACAUCAGCUUAAUGAGCAACUACGACGACUUGUCUCCUACCGUCAUCCGCUCAGGGCUGAAAGAGGUAGUGGCCCAGUGGUGCACGCAAGGGGACCUCCUGGCAGUCGCUGGAAUGGAAAAGCAAACCCUGCUGGGCGACCUUCCCAACGGCCCUCUCCUGAAGAGUGCCAUGGUCAAGUUCUACAAUGUCCGCGGGGAGCACAUAUUUACCCUGGACACGCUCGUUCAGCGCCCCAUCAUCUCCAUCUGCUGGGGCCACCGGGACUCGCGGCUGCUCAUGGCCUCGGGCCCCGCCCUCUACGUGGUCCGGGUGGAGCACCGGGUGUCCAGCCUGCAGCUGCUGUGCCAGCAGGCCAUCGCUAGUGCCCUGCGAGAGGACAAGGACGUCAGCAAGCUGGCACUGCCGCCCCGCCUCUGCUCCUACCUCUCCACAGCCUUCAUCCCCACCAUCAAGCCUCCCAUCCCAGACCCCAACAACAUGCGCGACUUUGUCAGCUACCCCUCGGCUGGCAACGAGCGACUGCACUGCACCAUGAAGCGCACCGAGGAUGACCCUGAGGUGGGCGGCCCAUGCUACACGCUCUACCUGGAGUACCUCGGCGGGCUGGUGCCCAUCCUCAAGGGGCGGCGCAUUAGCAAGCUGCGGCCGGAGUUCGUCAUCAUGGACCCCCGGACGGAUAGCAAGUCAGCAGACGAAAUCUACGGGAACAGCUUGAUCUCCACUGUCGUGGACAGCUGCAACUGCUCCGACUCCAGCGACAUCGAGCUGAGUGACGACUGGGCCGCCAAGAAGUCUCCCAAAGUCUCCCGCGCCAGCAAGUCGCCCAAACUCCCAAGGAUCAACAUUGAGGCUCGGAAGUCUCCCAAGCUGUCGAGGGCGGCCCAGGAGCUGUCCCGGUCCCCUCGGCUGCCCAUGCGCAAGCCCUCCAUUGGCUCGCCCAGCCUGACGCGCAGAGAGUUUCCCUUUGAAGACAUCACUCAGCACAACUAUCUUGCUCAGGUCACGUCUAAUAUCUGGGGAACCAAAUUUAAGAUUGUGGGCUUGGCUGCUUUCCUGCCAACCAACCUCGGUGCAGUAAUCUACAAAACCAGCCUCCUGCAUCUCCAGCCGCGCCAGAUGACCAUCUAUCUCCCAGAGGUGCGGAAGAUAUCCAUGGACUACGUGAAUUUACCUGUCUUCAACCCGAAUGUGUUCAGCGAAGAUGAAGAUGAUCUACCAGUGACGGGAGCGCCCGGCGUGCCCGAGAACAACCCGCCCUGUACGGUGAACAUCCCCAUCGCCCCCAUCCACAGCUCGGCGCAGGCCAUGUCCCCCACGCAGAGCAUCGGGCUGGUGCAGUCCCUGCUGGCCAAUCAGAACGUGCAGCUCGACGUCCUGACCAAUCAGACCACGGCGGUGGGGGGCGCCGAGCACGCCGGCGACAGCGCCCCGCAGUACCCGGUCGCCAACCGUUACUCCAGCCCCGGCCAGGUGAUCUUCGGCGGCAUGGAGAUGGGCCGCCUCGUCCCCACGCCCCCGCAGCUGGCACUGCCGCCGCCCGCGCCCGGGGCCCUGCAGCUGUCCAUGGCGGACCCGGGCGAGCGCGACCACGAGCACCUGCAGAAGCCGCCCAAGGCCCUGCGGCCCGCGCCGCAGCUGGCCGCCGAGGGGGACACGGUGGUCUUCGGCGCCUCCCAGGACCUCCCAGUGGCCAAGAUGAACCCCCCGCCCCCCUACCCGGGGACCAUCCCUGCCGCGCCCACCACGGCCGCGCCGCCGCCCCCGCUGCCGCCCCCGCAGCCCCCCGUGGACGUGUGCCUGAAGAAGGGCGACUUCUCGCUGUACCCGGUGGCCGCGCACUACCAGCCGCCGCUGGGCUACGAGCGCAUCACCACCUUCGACAGCAGCGGCAACGUGGAGGAGGUGUGCCGGCCGCGGACGCGGGUGCUGUGCGCGCAGAACGCCUACGGCCUGCAGGGCCCGGGUAGCUCGGCCACGCUCCGGCUCUCGGGCACCGAGAAGAAGGCGGCGCCGCCGUGCGCCAGCGCCACCCUCAACCGCCUGACGGUGCCGCGCUACUCCAUCCCGCCCGGGGACCCGCCGCCCUACCCCGACAUCGCGGGCCCGCUGGCCGGCCGCGUGCCCCGGCCCGCGCCCGACAGCAGCCUCAUCCACGCCACGCUGCGCCGCAACAACCGCGACGUGGCGCUCAAGGCGGCGCAGCUGGCCGAGCCCCCGCGGCCGCCGCUGCCCCUGGCCGCCAAGCCCAAGGGCGCGGGGCCCUUCCCGGCGCGCCCACCGCCCGCCCUGUACACCUGCAGCCAGUGCAGCGGCGGGGCGGCCGCGCGGCCCGAGCCGGCCGCGGGGAACUGCGCGCCCCCGGGCGCCGCACUGGCCCACGCCGCCAGCACCUCGCCCUUGACCUCGCAGUCCUCCUACAGCCUCCUGGGCCCGCCCGACGGUGCCCGCGAGCGCACGGACUACGUCAACUCGGCCUUCACUGAGGACGAGGCGCUAGGCCAGCACUGUCCGGUGGAGAAGCCCCUGCGGCACCCCGCGGUGCCCGACGCUGUGGCCGUGAAAAGGCCGCCCCCGUACCAGUGGGACCCUGUGCUGGGGGAAGACGUCUGGGUGCCGCAGGAGAGGACAGCACAGCCCGCGGUGGCCAACCCCCUGAAGCUGCCCCCGCUGGUGGUGGGGCAGAGCCAGCACCUGGACGUGUCCCGCGUGCCCUUCAUCUCCCCCAAGUCUCCCGCCAGCCCGACUGCCACUUUCCAGACAGGCUACGGGAUGGGUAUGCCGUAUCCCGGAAACUAUGCGAACCCCCCUCUGCCGGGAGUGCAGGCUCCCUGCUCCCCGAAGGACCCGCUGUCCCCAGCACAGUUUGCACAGCAGGAGCCGGCAGUGGUCCUCCAGCCGGCCUACCCGCCCCCGCUCUCCUACUGCACCCUGCCCCCCAUGUACCCAGGAAGCAGCACGUGCGCUAGUUUACAGCUGCCGCCUGUCGCCUUGCACCCCUGGAGCUCCUACAACGCCUGCCCCCCUGUGCAGAACCCCCAGGGCACCCUCCCCCACAAGGCGCACUUGGUGGUGGAGAAGCCCCUGGUGUCCCCACCGCCCACCGACCUCCAGAGCCACCUGGGCACAGAAGUGAUGGUGGAGACGGCAGACAACUUCCAGGAGGUCCUGUCCCUGACAGAAAGCCCAGUGCCCCAGCGGACGGAGAAGUUCGGGAAGAAAAACCGGAAGCGCCUGGACAGCCGCGCCGAGGAAGGAAGCGUCCAGGCCGUCACUGAGGGCAAAGUGAAGAAGGAGGCUCGGACUCUGAGUGACUUCAAUUCCCUGAUCUCCAGCCCUCGCCUGGGGAGAGAGAAGAAGAAAGUGAAGAGCCAGAAGGACCAGCUCAAGUCCAAGAAGCUGAGCAAGACCAGCGAGUUCCAGGACAGCUCGGAGAGCGAGCCCGAGCUGUUCAUCAGCGGGGACGAGCUCAUGAACCAGAGCCAGGGCAGCAAGAAGGGCUGGAAGAGCAAGCGGAACCUGCGCGCCGCCAGCGAGCUGGAGGAGUUCAAGUGCCGGAAGGCCAGUGAGAAGGAGGACGGGCGGCUGGGCAGCCAGGGCUUCGUGUACGUCAUGGCCAACAAGCAGCCCCUGUGGAACGAGGCCACGCAGGUGUACCAGCUGGACUUCGGGGGGCGGGUGACCCAGGAGUCGGCCAAGAACUUCCAGAUCGAGCUGGAGGGGCGGCAGGUGAUGCAGUUUGGAAGGAUCGACGGCAACGCCUACAUCCUGGACUUCCAGUACCCCUUCUCAGCCGUGCAGGCCUUCGCGGUUGCGCUGGCCAACGUGACUCAGCGCCUCAAGUGAGGAGAUGCCGGAGCAGAGAGGCCGGGAGCCUCCCGCCCGCCCGCCCGGGGCCUGGGGCCUGGAUACAAGAGCAAACUGGAAGUCUCUAGCGCCCCGGAGAGGGCACGAGGGCACUGACCUUUAUCCAUUGUCGUUGGGGCUUUUAUUCUCCUUUGUUGUCUUUCUUCUUUUUUAAACAAAAAACACAGGAGGAGAGGGCUUUGCACGCCAUGAGGCACGGCCCUGGGGCUUGGAGGAAGUGGCGCCCGGUGUGCGGUGUGCUGGGCUGCAGGAGGAGAGAGCCCACCUCAGGGUGCUCCGUGCCCCCACCCCUCCAUCUAGCUCUAAGACUUCUCAACAUUGCCAGUAGCGGAGAAAAAAAUCUUUUUUUUAAAGAAAACCCCAAAACCUAAAGGUGGUUUGCUCUGGGGACGUGACGUUUAGUUCCCUCACAGUGAGUUGUCCCUCACACGGGACUCGGUUGGCGAAGGGUAUUUGUGGGACGCACACCAUUGGCUUCAUUAGACUCGGCUCUUUGUGGGGGUGCUAUAGCCGGGACUCAGAAACUUUCCCACGGGGGUGUGGGCAGGAGGGCUUGGAGGCGGCGCAGGGCUCUGCCCUCUCCGGGGGCCCUAGGGUCACACUCCCCGGCCCAGACUCUGCCCAGCCUGUGCUCAGCGCGGCUGCAGGCGGAGCAGACAGCAGGCAGGCCGGCCGUUUCCCCUGUGUGCUGUCACGCUAAACCACUGGCGACCCCUUGUUCAGAAGUGCCCUUUGUCCUCCCCACUCAGUGCUUCGUCUGGAGAGGGUGCGGUAAACAGCCCCAUGGCUAUCCGAGGACACUGCUCCUGUCCCCCAGGCUCUGGCGACUCUGACUUGAAAGCUUCCCUCCUCUCGGCCACCUGCCAGUUCCCGUGACGGUUUCCCGGUAGCAUAGAAAGGCGAGCGACAGUGUGGUAGCAGCUGCUGGUUAGGGAAAGACAGAGACUUGACUCUGGCCCCGCAGUCUUCACUUGGCAAAAAAGGUUGUUUAUUAACUGUACAGUCUGUUUACUGAGGAGAUAAACACUGGCCCGCUUUGUUAAAGUUAUAGUGCUAAGUCGUUUGCUUAGUCUUCAUUGAUUAUGAAAGGGGGCAAAGGAUGCACUGGGCCCAGUACCCACGAGUCUCGGCUGAGAAACCGAGAUGUUGCAGAGGGCAGAAGCUCGGGCCUGCGCUUAGCGUCCUGGUGUGGUUCUGUUUGACAGUAGAAUAAUGGAGUUACUACAGAAGAAGUAUCUCCCAAAAGUUGUUUUUUAUUCCCAGUUUUGGUUUGGAAAUCACAAAAGAAGCUGGCCUGUGCUCCUCAGAGCGAGGUGGCGCCUCCCGUCUCUCCAGACCUGCCGGGGAUGCUCUCGAGGCUUCAGGAGAGCACAGGACAUCUCCUGCCAACACCAGAGUUUCCCCAUUUGCUAUUUUAAAAUACUGAACCUGAUUUUUUUUUUUGGUGGAUAAAUUCUUUCAGAAAGAAUUUACCAGUGUAUUCCUAAGUAUACAGUUUUUUUGGAUGAGUUUCUGUAGCUUGAUAAGAUGUUUCUGUGCUUAUUAUUAGUUGUGCAAUAAUGGUUAUAUCCUACUUCUGAAAUAAUUUAAUGCCAUCCCCUUGUUUUAUCGUUCGAGAGAUUAUUUAUCUUUGCUUUAAUAGUGUUCUUAGGAAUUAUUUUGUUAUUAUGUAUUGGUGAGUUAUGCCCAUUUUAUUAUUUAUUUAGGAAAAUAGUAUGGUUUGUAAUGACUUACUUGGUAGCAGUAUAUUUUGCUGCGAGAAAUAAAGAGGAUAUGAUAGAAGGCCUUUUGCUGGACAAUUUGUAACAUUUUCUAAAUGGGAAAACAUUCCUAUUAAUCUCUAAAAGUAAUUAUUUUGCAUUUUUCAAGUAUUGAUUAUAUACAAAGAAGAAUUCUUUGUGCUAACAUCCAAAAAUAACUCCCCUUCUUUUGAAAAUUCUAUUUUUAAUUAAAAAUAAAAGGUAAUAUGAAACGAGGAGAGUUAUUUAAAUGAGUCUCAAAGGAAGGAACCAUCAGUAAGUUUCAGUUUUUAAAACUCUGGUUUUUGAAAUAUCAAGAGUGUGGUAAGGGGGCCAGAAUGAUAGUGCAGAUGUAGGCUGACCCAGAUUUGAUCCCCAGCAUCCCAUAUGGUCUCCCAAGCGCCACCAGAAGUAAUUCCUGAGUGCAGAGCCACAAGUAACCUCUGAGCAUCGUCGGGUGAGACCCACAAAAACCACGAUAAGGGUACAUUUUAGAACUUUCUCAUUAAGAGCAAAUACAAGGGGGAAAUCCUCAAAUACAAACUGCAAAUACACACGUGAGGAGAAUGUAUGUAGGAAGAAUGAAUGGAACUUGCUCAACUCUAAGCUUCCCCCAAAAAGCUCUUUCCCUGCUCGGAGUCAAAGGCCAGAUGUCUGGGUGGUUUGCAGGACCCCCCUCUGAGUGCGAGUGCCCAGCCUCACCCUGCCCCACCCACUGCACCCUGGGGGGCACCAUCUCGCUUCAACAGACGUCGUCGUCGUUGGUGCUCUUAAUGCGGUGUCUUUCAAGAAACCAGUGAUCGGUUUACUUAUUUGAAAACUUGUUUUCCUUCCGUCAGUUUCAGUUUGUUAAAUAUUACUAAGGUCAGUACUUUAAGCAGCGGAAUUUUACAUAUUUCAUGUUACUAGCAGUUUGUGAAUAUUAAGAUACCUCAUUGAACCCCUGAAUAUAAAAAUAGUAGCCCCGUGAUUAGUCAAGUCCCAGGGAACCCUUGCCUUGGAGGGACGAGGUAUGGGAACAGGCACAAAACCUCUUUGAACCGAGCUUGACUCUGACCUCCUCAGACCAAGGCACGGCUCUGUGUGGUCUCCCACUGCAGGUACAUCCUGAGGAAAUGGCUGCCUGGGAAGCAGGGCCGCCAAAUCUCCCAUCAGCAGUCGAGGCCAGGGAUUCUGCAGCUAAGGAAUCUUCUCCUGCCCACCGUUCCCUUGUCUGCCAUCCUGUGAGGGCAAGUCAACGGUACAGCCCUCUUGGAGGGCGGCCUUGUGCCUCACUGGUCCAUCUGUCAAAUGAAAAGGAUGGCUUAAACGGUCUUCCCAAGCUGCCCCCGACACCCAACCCCCCCCCACACACACACACAGUCAUCCUGGGCACUCAGCCUGGGGCAGCUCCCAGUUCUCCUUUGCCUUGAACGGCCUGUUGGGAGACAUCACCUCUUUCUAGAGAAGUGUUCCCUUUGUUAAUGAGCUAGCUGCUAGAUAUAUAAGAUGGCAUCCUUAGAAGUUCACCUCUAGAAGCAAAUGCCAUUGGAAUCGUGUGUGUUCUCAGAAAACUACACACGUGCGCCAAUUCCCAGUUAAGCAGAGGAGCCCCGCGCUGUGUGGCGCCCUCCAGAAGUCUUGAAAGCUGACCUGCAGAGUGAGUCCUCGCGGGCCUGGCCCCUAGAGUGAGUCCAGCAAAGAGUGAAGAGGUGGCAUGUGCCCAGACCAGCCUGAACUCUGGGGCCCACUGUGUGCCAUCUGUCACUUGGUCAAGUCAGUGGUUGUGAACGAAGUUAGCUGAAACAACGCGUGUCUCGAACAUUGAGUUCCUGGGAUUUUGUAAUAGCACACAACUCUUCACAUGUGUGUAUUUUCUUAUCUCCAGCUCAUGAAACUCUGAAGGGUUGUGGCUUCCUUUGUUUUCAUUUUUUUUGGCUUUGUGCAAUUUGUUUCGUCAUUUUACUUGUACCUAUAUUUUCUGUUUACAAGUUCUUUUCAAGGGGAGGGAGGGUUCUAAAAAUCUUUUGUGUUUAUUAUAGAUAAAUUUUUUUCAUGUUGUUGAAAAGCAUGGGCUAUGCGUUUGACUGAGAAGACACUGUAUUAUUUACCAAAGGGGUAUUGUUACUGCAUUUGUUCCUAAAUGCAUUAUUUUGGUACUGUAAAUGUGGACAUAACUCCCAAGUUUAUUACUACUGGCAUUUUCCUUUUCCUGUGUGUGUGAUUUUUAUAACUUUAAGUGUGCGACGCAGGUGCACAGUCCAGACCAAACCCGACCACCAGCAGGUCCUUAUCCAAACCUUGGCCCGGGCUCCUGUGCCUCGGUCCUGCCAGACUUGGCGCCUUUGUUCUUCCACUUCAGCAUCCUGCUUCCCCCCCUCCAGAGCAAAAUCUGUGGAGAUUCCCAGUUGCAUUCUAAGAGCUCAAUCUGACUUGCCUCUCUUCUUAUGUACUUUGUGUGUUAGAUCAUGUGGAAGGUAUUCUAGAAGGCACUCACGGUUUGCAUCCAAAAUGAUGUGGUUUGUCAAAAUUAUUUUGUCUUUAUUAUUGAGAUGGAUUAAUCUCCUUUUUCUUGAUGAUUUGAAGUGUAAGAGUUGUUCAGCUAUUGCUUAAUAAAAUUUUGCAGAUCCAAAAACCAA